AACGAGCUAAGCCAACAACAACAAGAAACACGCGUCUUCUACAACAUUCCCACGAUCCCCCUACAUAACUGGGCAGGGCGCUGUUAUUUUUCUCAAAUUUGCAAACGCGUGUCGCGUGUGAAAUCUCUCUGUGUGAGUGUGUGUGUGUGCCUCUUCCUCUAUCUCUUUCUCUCUCUCGCUAUCUGUCUCUUGCUCUUGUUUUUGAGCAACAAAAUAUAUGGAGGCUGUAAGAAACAAGUGAAUGCACCUCGAACACCACCAACACCAACUGCAACAGCAACAACAACAACAACAUCAAUAAUCAGUCAAUUCCAUUCAGCUCAGCUCAGCUCAGUUCAGCGCCAGGCAGCACACAGCAUCCAGCAGUGACGAUUCCAACCUCACUUUUGUGCCGCACAAUUUUUGUCGUCUCUUCCACGCGCAGACAACUAGAGAGCAAAGGACUCUAGGCUCUGAGUUUGACAACUUUUCUAGUUUUCCAGCUAAAAGUCGUUAAUACAUAUAUAUAAAUAAUUGCGAAAAUGGAAAACUGUUUCACGGCAAUAGCAACAACAAUUUCAGCAGAAUUCUGUGAAACCUAAUUGUAUAUUAGCCAUUAUAAUAACUAAAGCUAAAGCACAAUUAGCAGCGUUGUGUUCCAACUAAAUAAACGAAAGCAAAAAUCAACUUCCCCAACAACUUCCAGAACGAAAAAGAAAAAUAAUAGGAAAACAAAAGAAAAAGAAAAACCGAAGCGUAACUUGAACAAUAAAACAUAAUUUUAGCUAAACAAGAAGAAGAAAAAGCGCACACUGCAAAUGAUUCAACUGCUUCCUAACUAAGCUCAGUGCGAGGGAUACUUUAAGGGUAAAACAUAUUCAUAUAUAUAUAUAUAUAGAUAAAUAUAUAUAUAUUUAUAUAAAUAAAUUCUGAAAUAUAAAAGAAAAGAACAAGAACAACUGCAACACGUAACGGCAACAUGUCACACGCCGUCGCCAUCAAAACAGAAACGGAAAACUGCAUCAGCAGCAACAACAUCAACAGCCUCAAACAGUCGCCACAGCCCGCACAGCAACUGCACAGCAGCAGCAGCAACAGCAGCAACAGCAGCAACAGCAGCAGCAGUAAUAACACCAGCACCAGCAGCAACAGCAGCAGCAGCAGCGGCAGCAGCAGCAACAACAACAACAACAGCGAUGCUACGUUCUCAUUGCUGAAUGGCACUCACUCGCAUCAGCGCAGCAAUGGACUCACUGCUGCGGCGCACGCCGCUGUCAGCUAUGCCAGCUCCGGCAGCGGAAGUGGUGCGGGCACUGGCGGUGGUGCUGGUGGUGGUGGUGGUGCGGGUGCGGGCGCCGCAGCUGGCCUCAAUGCGAGCCUGCUUGGCGCUGCGCCCGCCACAGCGCUGCCCAGCAAUGGGGGCCUGCAGUCACCCUACGAGCGCUACAGAGUCGACGAUACCAGCUAUGUGCCCAUCGGACAGUUCUAUGCUGGACGGAGCGUCUUCAUAACGGGCGGCACUGGCUUUAUGGGCAAGGUGCUCGUGGAGAAACUGUUGCGUUCAUGUCCGGAUAUAAGAAAUAUAUAUCUGCUGAUACGACCGAAGCGCGGCCAGGAGGUUUCGGCGCGUCUCACAGAGCUCCUCAAUGCACCGCUUUUCGAAUCAUUGCGUCGCGAGAAGCCGAAGGAUUUAAGCAAAGUCAUACCCAUAUCCGGCGAUAUAACGUCGGAGGAGCUGGGCAUCUCAGAGAGCGAUCAGAGCCUACUUUGUCGCAAUGUUUCCGUUGUCUUUCACUCAGCUGCCACCGUGAAAUUCGACGAGAAGCUCAAGCUGUCAGUCACAAUCAAUAUGCUGGGCACAAAGCGGUUGGUCGAGCUCUGCCAUCGCAUGAUGUCCCUAGACGCACUCAUUCAUGUAUCCACUGCCUAUUGCAAUUGCGAUAGAACCGAUGUAUCAGAGGUUAUCUAUGCACCACCCUAUAAUCCCGAUGACAUCAUCUCAUUAAUCAACUGGCUUCCGGAGGAUAUACUUGAUCAGCUGACACCGCGCCUCAUUGGCAAGCGUCCCAAUACGUAUACAUUUACAAAAGCCUUAGCGGAGCAUAUGUUACUUAAGGAGGCUGGAAACCUGCCCGUUGCCAUUGUGAGGCCCUCAAUCGUGACUGCCAGCCUGAAUGAGCCCUUCGCCGGCUGGGUGGAUAACUUCAAUGGGCCAACGGGUCUAGUCUCGGCGCUGGCCAAGGGCCUCUUCCGCACGAUGAUGUGCGAAAAGAACUAUGUGGCCGAUAUGGUACCUGUCGAUAUUGUGAUUAAUUUAAUGAUUGCGGCCGCCUGGCGCACAGCGACGCGCAAAUCCAAUAAUUUACUCAUCUACAAUUGUUGUACCGGCCAGCGUAAUCCCAUCAUAUGGUCUGAGUUUGUCAGAUAUGCCAUGUCCAGCGUGCGCAAACAUCCCUUGGAGGGCUGUCUGUGGUAUCCAACUGGCGACCUGCGCAUGAAUCGUCCAAUGAACACGCUGAAUUGUAUAUUAAAACACUUUCUACCAGCUCACAUACUGGAUGCAGUGGCGCGCAUCAUGGGCAAGAAGCCAUUUGUUGUCAACGUACAAAACAAAAUCGCCAAAGCUGUCGAGUGCUUAGAAUAUUUUGCCACGCGCCAAUGGCGCUUCAAGGACGACAAUGUGAAUGGCCUGCUGCAUACGCUCAGUCCGAAGGAUCGUGAGAUAUUUGUGUUCGAUGUGCGCAACAUCGACUGGGACAAAUACGUGGAGCGCUAUGUCCUGGGCUUCAGGGAGUUCUUAUUCAAGCAACGGCCCGAAUCGCUGCCCGCCAGCAGAAAGCGUAUGGUCAGAUUGUACUAUCUGCAUCAGCUGAUAAAAGUGGCUGCCGUGCUGCUCACCUGGCGUUUUCUUAUGUCUCGCUCGAAGCGCUUGAACGACUUGUGGAGCGCAUUUCUGGAAAAUGUGCUCAAGAUCGCGCGUCUAAUACCAUUUUUGUAAUAAUCCGGCUGGCAACAGCAGCAGCAACCGCGGCAGCAGCAGCAGCAACAGCAUAAAUCUUGUCUGGUGAUGUUCUUCUUUGCAAUUUCUAAAUGCCUACAACAUGGCGUACAUUUUAGAGGUUUUUAGCAAAUAAUUAUAAUCAUAUUUUUAUAUAUGUUAAACGAGUAAACAGGCCCAACAUCGGGCUCAUUGAGUAUGGCAUCCGUGAAUAAGAAAAGACGAAACACACGCAAAUGCUGCAGAUGCGGUGGCGCAGGUGUCUGCCCACAUCUGUCCACCGGUCGGAUGUGCAAUUUUUGAGAUAUAAAUAUAUAUACAUAAUAAUAUAUA